GGUGAAGGGGUCAGGGGUCAGAGUGUCGGGAAGAAUGGCGGUUGCUGGGGUCGGGGUCGAGAGCGAGACAUCGGCCAGCGACUGGAAACGGGCGUUAAAGGAUCGCUUGGUGGCUGUGGCCUCCCAGAAAUCUAAAACAACAGAUCAAGAACUAAAGGAUAAUGAGAUGGAUCUCUUCACCAAAUAUUACGUUGAAUGGAGAGGGGGCAGGAAAAAGAACAAUCUAUCUUACAAAAGCAUCCCAAGAUUUUAUUAUAGGCUUCCAGCAGAGGAUGAAAUUCUGUUGCAGAAAUUAAGAGAAGAAUCCAGGGCAGUAUUUCUUCAAAGGAAGAGUAGAGAAUUGUUGGAUAAUGAAGAGCUACAGAAUUUGUGGUUCUUACUAGACAAACAUCAAACCCCUCCUCUGAUAGGAGAGGAAGCAAUGAUAAAUUAUGAAAGUUUUCUGGAGGUCAAAGAGAAAGCCGGACAGAAAUGCAAGCAGUUCUUUGCAGCUAAGAUUUUUGCAAAACUCUUGCACAAUGAUGCAUAUGGAAGGAUCUCCAUAAUGCAGUUCUUCAACUAUGUCAUGCGAAAAGUUUGGUUGCAUCAGACAAGGAUAGGGCUGAGUUUGUAUGAUGUAGCAGGUCAAGGAUAUCUUCGUGAAUCUGAUUUGGAAAAUUACAUUUUGGAGUUGAUUCCAACUUUACCACAGCUAGAUGGCUUAGAAAAGUCCUUCUAUUCAUUCUACGUGUGCACUGCUGUUAGAAAAUUCUUUUUCUUCCUCGACCCACUCAGAACAGGCAAGAUAAAAAUCCAAGAUAUUUUGGCUUGCAGCUUUUUGGAUGAUUUGUUGGAGCUCAGAGAUGAGGAGCUCUCUAAGGAAAGUCAAGAAUCAAAUUGGUUUUCUGCACCUUCUGCAUUGAGAGUAUAUGGUCAGUACUUAAAUCUAGAUAAAGAUCACAAUGGAAUGCUCAGCAAAGAAGAGCUAUCACGUUAUGGUACUGGAACUCUUACGGGCGUGUUUUUGGAUAGGGUUUUUCAGGAGUGCCUAACAUAUGAUGGAGAAAUGGAUUACAAGACAUAUUUGGAUUUUGUUCUUGCUUUGGAAAACCGAAAGGAACCUGCUGCACUUCAAUAUAUCUUCAAAUUACUGGAUAUGGAAAAUAAGGGUUAUCUUAACGUAUUUUCCCUGAAUUUUUUCUUCAGGGCUAUACAGGAGCAAAUGAAACUUCAUGGGCAGGAGCCAGUUUCUUUUCAGGAUGUUAAGGUAUCUUGUAACAUGAGACGACAUCUUGAUGUUUAAUAAUACUUUACAAAUAAAGCUACUUUUGAGGGAAAAUGUUGGGUUUCCAUUCUCCAACAACCCAUGGUCUAUAGUAAAAACUAAGUGCUGGAAAAUCUCAGUAGGUCUGACAUCAUCUAUAAGCACAAGGGAAAAUUAACUGAGUCCAAUAUGCCUCUUCCACAUCUUUCAAGUUCCAAAGAAUUGUCAUGGGUUUUAUGCUAUAUAGACUGUCAAUAAAGGUUAUAGUAGAGAAUGCCCUGGUAUUGUGUACAUGUAACAAAAUUUCAGUUGUGCUACAAUGUUGAAAUGUGGCUGGAAUAAAUGAUUCUGGCUGCUGUACCUCCAGUACUUAUUCUGUGGCAUUUCCAAGUACAUCGUACAACUAACUCAAUCUUGCACUACAGCGUAAGGUCCGGUUAUUUUUAUUCUGAUUCUCUGGGCAUGGAUUUCUGAUCCAACAGAACUGUGUAAACCCCUUUCCAAGUUAAACAAUGAUAGCAGCUAUGAUGCUGUGGAGUUAGACCUACUGCAGAGAUGGGACUAAACUGAACAAGAAAUAAUAAUCGAACAAGAAAGGACAUGAGUGAUAAAUUGAGAUGACCGAGUUCAGUUUUUGUCCUUAACACAUGCUGGGGAGAAGGUACAUCUCUAUGUUCUGGCCUGGAUUUAAAGUUCAAAAAUGCUAAACUCCAAAGAUUGGCCAAGGAACAAUU